UCCUGAGCACCCUCCUUCUGUGUGAGUGUGUGUCUGAGUGUGUGUCUGAGUGUGUUAUGGCGUCUGUGAUGGACGAUUCCUACCGUAAGGUGCUGUUGCUAGGGGCCAUCGCUGCAGCGUCAGCCUUUGUGGUCACCAUCGUCAUCGUGGUGGUUUGUGUGGGCUGCCAAAGGAAAAACAAGACCAAGCAUCCUCCGGCCAAUGGAGAGAAGGGCUCCUCAGUAGACCUGGGUGCUCUCCAUCAGCCCAAGAACAGCUCCAUCAGUAAAUCUGACACUAGGCUGCAUGAGAUCAACCGCUUGCCACGCAACGGCAACAGUGGGGGUAAGAACCGUCCUGCCAGUAUGGACCUUCUCCUCCUCCACAGCCAUCGCUCCACCUCUGACCUCCGCCCCCCCCUUGUCCGCCAGCUCCCCCAGAUCCCCACCAGCCCCGAGGGGGAGGGAGACAUCCAGAGGGGAGGAGAAGAGGGGGUCAGAGACCACACCUACACUGAGGUGGGGAUCCGGAACUCACCCGUCCGCUGCUUUGACAAUGGGCUGUACGAGAAUGUAGGGGUUAGAGAGGUUGACACGGUGCCCCCAGCUCCCCCACCCACAUCAUCCAACACCCCAGCAACACCGAGGACCUCACAGAGCCCCAACGGGACCCGCACCGACGAUGUCCUCAAUGGGAACAGAAACAGGAAUGGGAAUGGAAAUGCCAGAGGAGCUGUUAAUGGGAGCAGCAGAGGAGGGAAGGGGCCCAACGGUGCUAACGGAUCGGCCCUGCCCUCCCUGGCCCCCCAGGACCCCGUAACGGCAGAGUACGCCUCCAUACGGAAGGUCAAGAAGGUGGACAAGGCAACCAAGAAGGAGAAUGGGAAUGCAGAGUCAGAUGACCAAUCAAGUGUGGGAGAGUCACCCUCUGCCCCUCCCCCUCCACUGCCCCGCAGCCAGGAGUUUCUACAGAAACAGCUGGGUCCAUUCCACCUGCACGUCUUCCCUAAGGAGGCAGUGUUCAUGGGAAACGGGGAGCAGUACAUCUGGAAGCCCCCAGAGGACAAUGACAUCAUCACCUUGCACCCAGCACCUAUACCCCCGGGGGAGAAUGGACAGGGAUACACACCCACAGCCAUGGAGAUUUCUGACACCUACUCCACUGUGUGUAAAACCCAGAAGAAGAAACCUCCCCCGGACAACAAUGGAGCCAAUACCCUCCCCCAAAACCAGUGCUCUGUGGAGGAGAAUGGAGGAGGUGGGUCCGGGGGAGGGGUGAGGGGUCGUGGCCGGGGGAUCCAGGGUGGUCAGGCCCGAUCCCACGAGGAGCCCUGCUACGCGCCAGUUGGCGACAGGACCUGGCCCGCCUGUGUGGUAGCCAAGUCUGCUCCGGCGUACGCCACUAUAGACUCCCACCGGAAACGUGAGCCGGCAGGUACCAAUAUUGGUGUACUGGGGUCAAACGCCACACUGAAGCCCAAGAAGAAGCCUCCUCAGCAGGAAGCGCCAUCUCCAGGGGCCCCGGGCCCCCAGGGACCUCCAGCAGGUCCCCCGGCCCCUCUAACCAAGGCCCUGCCUGGGGGGGAGAACUUCUAUGAGACCAUCAGUGAUGUGAAACAGGGUGCUAACACAGCCAGCACCACCACCAUCUUCACCUUCAACGACGGGAUGGAGAUGUACGUCACUGGCCUGUAGCUGAGAGACACUGGCUCACACACUGUGGGGAUCAGACCUGUUUGGGUUCUUCUGACCCUGUCUACACCUGGUAUAAGCUAUGAAAGGGACUGGCAACAAUGUAUAUAGCAAUGAGACCCACUGGUGAAACCAAGCAUCGGAAGUCACUUCCAUAAUACAAUGUCUCCAGUGAUAUGAUUAUGGCCACAUCCAGUUACAAAAGAAGAAGACAAUGUUUGGAGGUGGAUGUGGAGGCAUUCACCAGGUUUAGACAAGGUCUCUGACCCAGUGGCAGACACCAGACCCAAUCAGUGGUGGAAAUUGACUUUUUGGUUCACUGACUGGGGGAUUCCAGAUAGGGGUUCCAGUGCCAGUCGUAGCUUUGAAUGGAACCCAGUUCCAGGGGUUCCUCCUCAUUUACACCACUGGACCAACAGAACCAGAACUACUCUACAUCUUUGAGAUGUAUCACAGAGCCAGUCUGGCUAACCCGAGCCUGAAUCAUUCGAGCCAGACUCAAACAACUGGUCCAACAAGACCAGACUGAGCAUCACGUUUUGCACUGGAUAACAGUGUCACUAUUCACUUUACCUUACCUUACACACCCAUUUGUGUGACAUUUUCCAUAUAUAUUUAUUUUUGUAUAAAGAUGGUACCCUUAAUAAAGCAUGCCCUGUACAGAACGCACGACAUGAUAACACGCAAUCACAGAUACAUGUGCAAACACACACACACACUGUAGGAAAACAUUGUUGUGCAUGAAAACACACAUUCUCACAAAGAUGACAGAGGAAAGAAGUGUGGAGACACCCGGGUGGCUUCACUUAGAAGUCCCCACCCCCUGAUGACAUAAUCGAUGGUGUCACUGGUAGCUUCACUUAGAAGACUACUGAAUAACUACAUUAGGAGUCUUUUUCUACAGCAAUACAGGGGUAAUACAGGCCUACUUCAAACAUUUUAUAUAUUUUUUGUUAAUAAUUAUUAUUAAAUACAUUUCGAUUGAUCAGGUAGCACCCCUACUUCACGCGGCUAUGUUUAUAUGGUUCCUUUCUGUUCCUUUUUAAACCUCUGAAAUAUAUAUAUUUUCUUUACAAUUAGCUCAACAUUAAAUGACUUCACCAAUCAGUGCGGCUCGAGCAGAUUGCUAUGGAGCGGACAAGCUAUUUCCAUGCAUUGGACAGACGAGUGUUGAGCACAAUAUGCAACUGAAAUUUGGCCAGUGGGGAAUGAGCGCGAGAGGGUGAAGAAGGCUUGGCUUGAUGCACCGGGCAUCUUGUUGUUAUGAUAUGCAUUAUCGGAAUUAGGGCCACAAAAUUAUACCUACGGAGGAGUGGCUUGAAGGAACUUAGAAUGUCGUUGAGCUUCAAUUGGCCUAAUGUUAUUUAUUUUAAUCUUGUAGAUAUUAGUCUUGUAGAGAUGUAUCGAGCUCAUCCGGGUUGAUAGGUCAGGGUAAAAUGGCCACCGUUGUUCUUGUUGUCAGUGGUGACACAGUUCAUGCGAAGCAGUGGUCCACCUCAGGGUAGCCUAGUGGUUAGAGCGUGUGACUAGUAACCGGAAGGUUGCGAGUUCAAACCCCCGAGCAGACAAGGUACAAAUCUGUCAUUCUGCCCCUGAA